GGGACUACAAAUCCCAGGGUGCCGCGGCCCGAGGGGGCGGGCGGGGGGAGCGGCCGCGGGGUCCCCCCGCCCUGCUGAUGUGUCCGGGCGCUGCGGGGGGAGCGCGGCCGGGGCUGACGCGUGUCCUGCCCCGCAGCGCUCCGGCGCCGGCAGCCGGCCAUGGCCUCCAAGCUGCUGCGAGCCGUGGUGCUCGGUCCGCCCGGCUCGGGUAAGGGCACGGUGUGCGAGAGGAUCGCCCGCAGCUUCGGGCUCCAGCACCUCUCCAGCGGGCAGUUCCUGCGGGAGAGCCUCGGCAGCGGCGGCGAAGCUGGAGUCCUGGCACAGCAGUACCUGGAGAGGGGGCUCCUGGUGCCCGACCACGUCAUCACACGUGUGAUGGUGACGGAGCUGGAGAAGCGGCGGGAGCAGCACUGGCUGCUCGAUGGUUUCCCUCGGACACUGGGCCAGGCCAAGGCUCUGGAUGGGAUCUGUGAGCUGGACCUGGUGAUCAGCCUGAACAUCCCCUUCGAGACGCUGAAGGAUCGCCUGAGCGCCCGCUGGGUGCACCCUGCCAGCGGCAGGGUCUACAACAUGGACUUCAACCCUCCCCACACACAGGGUGUGGAUGACCUGACAGGAGAGCCCCUGGUGCAGAGGGAGGACGACAAGCCCGAGGCGGUGGCUGCAAGGCUCAGGAAGUACAAAGAUGCUGCCAAGCCCGUGAUAGAGCUCUACAAGAGCAGGGGCAUCCUUUACUCCUUCUCUGGCACAGAGACCAACAAGAUCUGGCCCUAUGUGUACACCCUGCUGUCCAGCAGGAUCCCACCCAUCCUCUCAGAUGAGGAGCACUAAAGAGCUCGUGCCAAGGACCAGGAUUCCAUCCCAUCGUGGAUUUGGUUCCCAGUGCAGUGCCAGGGCUGUGCUGGGGUUGGGUGAUCAUGAGCUGGGUGAUGUUGGUGGAUACCAGUCACAGCCAGGAUCAGAUCUUGGUUUGGAAGGUCAAGCCUGCUGGAAUAAGGGGUUUUUUUCCCUCUUUUGGGGCUAUGGAGUUUUCCUGCCCAUGGUCCAUCCCAGAUUGGUGAUGCUGACCAGGGCAUUGGUCACUCCAGGUUUACACAGCUUUGCCAUGGUGUCCUUGCCAUCCCUUCCCAGCCCCAGCCCCUGGCUGAGCCCACAUGUGCCAUCCUGUUGCUCCACAGGACUGUUUACUGCUGAGGACUCUCUAGGCUGAGGUUUGGGGGCUUUUUCUUCCUAUAAAUUAUUUUCUAUUAAAUGUAUUUCUCAGAGAAAUAAAGCCCUAGAAAGCAACACUUAGCCCAGUGGGAAUUUUGGGAUCAAGGUGGAAAACAUGUGUACUACAAAGCUGAGAGGUGUGAGGCUCACAUUUCCAGCAUUAACACACAAAAAAGAGGCAAAACAUUGGAGGUGAAAAACUCCCUGUGCCCUUUCCAUAGGGAGAGCUGAAUUCCCUGUUAGAAAAAGCUGCUGUGCAGGUUUUAUGGAAUCUGUGAGACUGAGCAGGAUCUGGGCUGGGGUGAGUUGCACUCCUUUGUGCUUUCCUGGUUUAUAGCUUUGAAUACUACAAGAUAGAGAUGUCCUAAGAGUUUCUCCCCAAGAUUUAUCUCCACAUGUGCUUCAGUUCUGGGGAGAAUUCAGCUCAUUCCAUCUUCUGUGCUGCCUUUGUCCCCAAGGUCCCCUGGCCUGGGGGUCCCUUCAGCUGUUCCUGCUGCAUUUCCCAGAGAAGUGACUCCCUCCCCAUGAAAUCCCAGAGAUCUUUCCUUCCUUGGGAUGCACCCAGGGCCAUGCCCAGGUGCUUCCCCAUGAUUUACAGCAUCCUUGGAUUGUGUUGGGGCUGGGCUUUUCUCAACUGGAACUACUGUCACCCUCUUUUUGUAGGAUGUAUUACCCAAGCAAUGGGGACAAUUCUUGUCUCCUCGAGUUGCCUUAUUUUAUAAACUAUAUAUUUAAGGAAAAAAAAAAUAAAAGCAAGAUCUGUAUUUGUAAAGGUUUAAAAAAACCCAACCAAACAAACACAAAAAAGUGCUGAAUUUUAGCAUCACCUUUUAGGAAUUGUGCAUGGAGCUGCUGGAUCCACAAGGAAUGCUGCUUCUGCCAGGGGCUCACAGGAACGUGGCACUGCCUGGCACCUCUUGGAUUAAUCACAGCAGCCUGGGCACUUUUCUGCUGCUGGAUGUGCCUGGGUUUAUUUUUCCUUGGAGAGUUGCCCACAGCAGGCAAAGGGAAUUUUUAGGGAUUUUUUCCAUGUGUGAAACUUCAGCACCUUCCUGGGUUUAUUUAUCCCAGCUGAGCAUCCUCGUGCUGAGCAAGGAUCCACUAAAAUUUGUUUCAUCCUGGCAGCUCCAUCCUGGUGCUGUCCCCAGUGGAACCAGAGCAGGAUCACUGCCCACAUCCCCCCUGCUCAUCCCUGCCUGGGGGAGAGGCCAAAGGGCUCCCACCCUGCUCCAGGGAGGAAUUUCCAGGUGGGAACAAAGGGAAUGUCAGGUCUCAGUGCUGUCCUUUCCAAGCCCUCAUGCUGGGAGGCAGCAAAUCUUCCAGCCAGCAAUGAAAGCCUAUUUCAGAAAGAUUUGGGAUUUUCCCAUGGCCCUGGGAUGAAGGUCUGGGCUGGUUUUAGACACAAAUCCAGAAAUAGCCAAAACCUGUGUGCUGCUUUCUUUGGAACAGCUUUGGGCAGGAGGAGAGCAGAUUUUAGGGGGGUUUAGGCUAUAAAAGCAGCUGAGUGCCAGGCAGAGGGCUGAUCCCUGCUUUGCCUUGUCCUGUCUUUGUGUCCUGUCCUUUCCCCCUGCAAAAUUCCUCCUGAAGAGAGAAUUCCAUGCAGCCCAGCACAGGACAGGUCUGCAGUUGCCUUUUCCAGCCUUUGAGCCCUACAAUAGGUGUAGAAAUCCCGUGGCUGUGCAUGCACCCAGCCCUCGGGAUGGAUUUUUCCACCAGACCUGUUGCAUUUUCCGAGACCAAAUUCCAGCAGGGAUGGGGCCCUGUCCCUCGCUGUGCCCCUGCCCUGCUCCCCUUUGAUAUUUUACUGUGAAUCCCAAACCUUUUGUAAAGCCACAGCCAAUUUUGUACUGACCCGAGAUACUGUGUGGAGGGAGGAGCCCUCUCCCCCCUGCAAUGUCACGCCGAGUUUUCUUCCCGGAGUUUUCUUCCCGGAGUUUCUUCCCGGUGAAUCGCUGCAACUGUGUUACUGCUCUCGAGAUGUAAAUAAAGAUUUUCUCCUGCUGA